CGUCAUUUCUAUGUGUGUGUGGAACCUGCAUGACGAGAAACGGAAACAUUGCCCAGUCGCUCGUUUCCGUCUUCCCAGUGCCUGUCAGCCAUUACCGCUCUGCUCGCCGGGUCUUGCAGGGUAUAACUGGUACAACUGACAUAGUUCCCGAAAAAUCGAAGAUCGUUCUUACGGGACUGGUAGUGUGUCAGCAGAUUCUUCCGAACUUUUGCCGAAAUGUAUAACAACAGUUAUUCCAAUCGUACCAGUUACAGACCCAGGGGAAGUAGAGACUCUAGCAAUCGUAAUGGAGGAGGAACAUAUUGGAACAGCCAGCAGCAACAGAAAGAGAAGUCACUUAAGAAGCAAGUCCAAAGAAGAACUCCUGGAGAUUCAUUGAAGAAGCCUAUAUGGGAUCUGGCUAAAUUACCAGUGAUCACAAAGAAUUUAUAUAUUCCACAUAUCAAUGUUUUAAAAAGAUCAACCGAUGAAGUUACCAAAUAUCACAUUGGUAAAGAAAUCACUGUAAAAGGAAACAAUACUCCUUCUCCAAUUCAAGCGUUCGAAGAAAGUAACUUCCCAGAUUACGUGAUGGAAGAAAUUAGAAAGCAGGGCUUUGCUGAACCAACAGCAAUUCAGGCACAGGGCUGGCCAAUAGCACUUAGUGGACGCGACUUGGUUGGAAUUGCUCAGACAGGAUCUGGAAAAACUCUAGCUUAUAUUUUACCAGCAACUGUACACAUUAAUAAUCAACCACGUUUGAACCGGGGAGAGGGGCCGAUCGUUUUAAUACUUGCCCCAACAAGAGAGUUAGCUCAGCAAAUUCAAUCCGUUGCUAGGGACUUUGGUUCCUCCUCGUGCAUUCGUAACACUUGCAUUUUCGGUGGUUCCCCGAAAGGACCUCAAGCUCGCGAUUUAGAGCGCGGCGUUGAGAUAUGUAUCGCAACUCCCGGUAGACUGAUCGAUUUUCUCGAAAAGGGAACCACGAACUUGCGCAGAUGCACAUAUCUUGUAUUGGAUGAGGCAGAUAGAAUGUUGGAUAUGGGAUUCGAGCCGCAAAUUCGAAAGAUCAUUGAACAGAUUAGACCUGAUAGACAGGUAUUGAUGUGGUCCGCGACAUGGCCCAAAGAAGUGCAAGCUUUGGCUGAAGAUUUCCUCUCAGAUUACAUUCAAAUUAACAUAGGUUCUCUGACAUUGGCUGCCAAUCACAAUAUUCGUCAGAUCAUAGAGAUUUGUCAAGAGCACGAGAAAGAAACUAAACUUUCAGGUCUAUUGAGAGAAAUUGGCAAAGAUAGAGGAAGCAAAAUGAUUAUUUUUGUUGAAACGAAAAAGAAAGUGGACGACAUCACCAAAGCUAUUAAACGAGAAGGUUGGCCAGCUAUCUCUAUUCAUGGUGACAAAUCACAACCUGAAAGAGAUUACGUGUUAUCCGAGUUCAGAAACGGAAAAACAAUGAUCCUUGUUGCUACCGAUGUUGCUGCUCGUGGCUUGGAUGUCGAAGACGUAAAGUAUGUAAUUAAUUUUGAUUAUCCAAACAGUUCUGAGGAUUAUAUUCACAGAAUAGGGAGAACCGGACGUUGCCAAAGUGCAGGUACAGCAUAUGCUUACUUUACGCCUAAUAACGCUAGACAAGCGAAGGAACUGAUUUCUGUUCUGGAAGAAGCUGGUCAGACGAUAAACCCUCAACUGGCAGAUUUAGCAAACUCAAUAAAACCUGCAUAUGGCAAGGGCCGCCAACGUUGGAGUCACUCUCGCUCUAAUAAGGAUAGUAGUUCAACUGGAAGUCCGCGAAAUAAUAGCAGCCCUAUUUCAAACAAUUGGCAAGCUCAACAUGUUCAAAGUACUCAACAUAAUAAUGGUAACAGUCAAGAGAGGACUGUUGUACGCCAACAAAAUGCAUACCAGACCAACCGCCAGAAUACUUUCCAAUCUAAUUAUCAGCAACACCAACAACAGUCACAGCAGCAACAACACCAACAGCAUCAGCAGCAACAGCAUCAACGACAAUCGAAUACUUAUACCAACAGCUGUCAAACUAGCAAUAGUUACCAAGCUGGCUAUCAGAAUGCAAAUAUACCUAGAUACCAUGGAAGAACAGGUGGUUUCCAAAAUAAUCGUUACCAUAAUCGCCAGAACGCAUACAGCACUAAUCAAACAGCUGGAGGACAAAGCGUGUAUUCUAUGCCACCUCCGUUCAUGAUGCCAUCUGCUGGUGGACACACAGAUUCAGGAAUGCAGAGCCUUGUAAACAAUAAGUUUUUCCAGACAAAUCGUCCACCACCGAAUACUGGGGCAUGCGCAUACCAAUCGAUGGGAUACAGCCAGUUCCAAGCUGUGCCGCCGUAUACUUAUCCUUAUCCGCCUACACCGGUACAGCAGUGACGCAUUUCAAGGUAUAAAUCGGUAAGAGUACAGGCUAAGUAAAAAGUCGGAUUUUCCUGUUUAUAACGGGCCCACUAAAUAUUACUAUUUGUGUAGAUGGUUGGGUCUCUUUUGAAUAUAUAAGUACCAUAAUCUUUCUUCUUUUCUUUGUCAUUUAUUAUUUUUUUUCUGGAAUAGUGCCGGUUAAAACUUAUAACGAGAAAUAAAUUACUUGGGCUUAUUUCAAAGAAAGAGAGAACAUAGAGAUAGUAUAGUCGAAUAAUUUAUUGUUCUUUAUUGGUGAAUAUAAAAAUUGAAGUAAUACUGCGAAACGUUCCAAAGAAUAAGGAAAAAGAAAAAUUGAAAAAAUUAAUUAUUACGAAUCAGUAAUCCACGAGGCACAUUCCAGUCGAAUUUUUUGAAGUAGUAGUAGUUAUUUAGCAAUGAUACAUUGAUAUAAUUAAUACUGGAUGUAGAAUAUGACCAGCAAAUAUAGGCUUGUAGCUAUGGUCAUAUCCUUAAGAAAAGUAAUUAAUCUUCUUGCGAUAAAACUAUGUAAACGUCAUUUAAUGCUUUCCCGAAAUGCACGAAACGUAUAGAAGGGGCGUGGGUUAACGUUUUCAUAUUUGAUAAUUUAUUUAUAUUUUGCAUAUAUAUAUAUAUACGUAUGUACAGGCAACGCUCUUCAAAAUGUAAGGCCUUUUGCAUAAAAAUUAAGCCGUACACCCGUUUUUACAAAGCACACGACAAAUAUAAAGAAACAUCGUGUCCUCUGUUCUGUAAUGAGACCGGGUGUUUUGUGUCUCUUUGAUAAUAGAGGGUGAAAUGGUUAAAUCUCAUCAGAAUUAAAGAACUUUGAUGAACGAUAAAUCCCAGCAUAAUUAUAUAGCGUACAAAAGUGAGUACUUCGAGAUCUAUCCUGGACACCGGUGUCUUUGGAACAAAUUCAAAGUUUGAAACCGGUAACGGGUAAGAGAAAGGAAAACUUGGGCUUUAGGGGACAACUUAAAUUAAGCAUGUAGUCACAAUGGCUGUGUACCUCGGCGCAAAGUUUGAUACCUUAUUUUUAUAAUAUAUAUCGAAAGUAAUUUGUUGUUAAACCAACGAAUGAUUAUACGAAGAUAAAAAAAAGUAAGAGAAACAUUGUUGUUUGAUGUUUAUGCAAUUGGCCACUGAGUGGUCUUGUCCUUGCGCGACCGUGUACAAUGUAUAGGUGCACGCGCCAGGCUGGCCGCGAAUCGAAUAAAAUUUAGUUGUACCUGUUUUUUAGUUCGUGCUCACUGAAAUUAUUGCUAUUUUUUAGGGAAUGAUUCAAACUAUCCGAGAGACAUUUUUCUAUCGUAACGUUCAAGCUAUAAAAAGUAAUGCGCUGCCGUGAACGUAUGUAUAUUGAACACAGAAACGCGUGACGAAAGAGUUUUUAACUUAUAUAUAUGGUAACGAUCCAUGUGUUGUAUAUGUAUAUCGCUAUGGCCAUUACGAAGCGACCCUCGAGAAAAUUUCAUGUGAUAUAUGAAGGAUGCUAGAAAAAUGAAAAUAUAAAUUCAUGCCGUGAUAGAAGGCACGAAAUCGUUUAUCGACAGCGCAUAGUGAAUUUUUUGCGGGCCUCCAGAUUACUCUGUACACGUCACUACUCGAACAAACGAAUAGCAAAGAAACUAAAAAAAGAGCCAACAGAGAAGAAUGCAAGACUCGAAAUAUACACUCGAGCAAGGACUCGUUUGCGAACGACAUUAUUGUGAUAAUUAUACGUAACGCUUUCGUGAAACGGUCUCACAGUUCGUUACUUAAUUACGCACAGUAGAAAAUGUUGUGAAGCAGUACGUGUGCACAAUACCAUUUUCCGGUUGAUUCACAAAAAACCGCGCGUCACACGCAUACUUCAAGCGGAUUUUGCUCGAUAAAAGAGAUUGAGAAAAAAAACUCUGUCGAUUCGUUUCUAGGUUUCCACGUGGUAGUCUUUAUAUUCUUCUUUUGCUGAGCCGAUAAAUCGGAUACAUUUAAAAUGUUGUUUGUGGUGGGGUCGCGAGCAGAAGUUAGGCAUUCGCGGUAUAUUGUUUGUAUUUGCCCUUUUGAACAUUGUGAAUGCUUACGCUCCUACUGUGUUGAUCUGACUGCAACACAUUGCGUUGUCAGAAUGAAUAGUGAUAUAAAUAAUAGGAAGCGUAUGCUACGAGUAUUAGACAAUUCUGAAUACUCAUACAUUGCGUACGCCCUCUAUUAAAUCAUCUAUCGCUUUGAAUUUUUCUUUAAAUCUAUCUUUUCGUCACAAUUGGUCAGAAAGAUACUAACAUUUCUUUUUUUCAGAGAUUAUAGUUUCGUCGUAAAGUUAGAAUAUAUAGUCUACUCCAAAUAGCAGACAUUAUCUUAGUGCAACUGUACAUCUUGGAAUUCCAUUAUAUUGCAAGCGAUGUAUCUUUCAUGCAUUUAUCAAUUACUGAGGCUUUUAGAUACACUUUGUGAUCUGUGAGAAUUUAAUAGAUGAAUUGAAGUUGUGUUUUAUUUAUUAAUAUUUCUUUUUCUUUUUCAAUCUAGGUUUUUAAACUUUCACUAUCUCCUGAGUCAAUCGAAGAAGGUAGUUGGGUUGUUGGAGAGCAGAAAGGCUGCUAUAAGUUCAAGACACUUGUUCAACCAGAUGAGAAUUACACUCUGUUCGAGACUGAACAGUCGCUUCCGUAACUCUGGUUUAAAACUUAUCAGAAUCUUACAUUCUCUGAGGACAGCAAUAUUAUAACAUGGCUGUUCUCUAUUCCAAUAGUGUAGACUUCUAAAUGUUUCAGAAAGCCUCAGAAUUGUAACCCUUUCAGCUGUGCUGCAUUUGUUUCCAUAAAUUAAGAUGAGAUGAAAGCGAGAAUGAAAAUCGAUGACUGAAUGAAAUUCGAAUAUGCAUAUCUUUUCUACAACCUUUCUUAGAAAUUUUUAUGUUAUACUUGGCUCGAAGUACAAACGAAGUGGACACAGGACAAACACCGAACAUUGGGCAGCAAAGGGUUCAUAUAUUUUACAUUUCAAUUGACAGUAACGUAAGAAACUUUGUGUUUUUAUGUUUCUUCCGAACAAAGCAAACGUUUUAGCGAAAUGCAGCUUGCAUUUUGAAAAUUGAUAGUGGGUGUACGCGUAGCUCUGUGAUAUGUAAAAUGUAGCAUAUUUAUAGAUCUACCUAUCGCGCAUCACAAUUAAAAUAAGGAACGUAUCUUAUCAGUUUUAUACAUGGUAUACAAAUCAUGUGAUCCUAAAUGACGUGUACUGCGAGAGCUCGCUGUCUACUUUAAGGGAAGAGAAACGAAAGUUGUUAGGAAAAAACGAAAGAUCAGUAUUCCUUUUAUUCUUUUAUUUUUUGCGUUUGCCGUGUGAAUUCGUGUAUUGUCAUGGUAAAGAACAGAUAGAAAGGGAUUGGAAGAUUGGGUCUAUUAUUUCUGAGCGUUCUAUUCAUAAAUAUCUUAAGUCUUACUUUUUCGUUUCAUUAUGUAGUCCGACAAUUUCAUCUCCUACGCGAUUAUAUAAAAGCGUAAACAUGAUGUUCUUCGUGUUUCUUUUUUUUCUCAAUUAUCGUGAAACUGUUUCUUUUUAUUUUGUAUGUCUGUUUGUUAAGAUAUAGUCUUCUAAUACUUACGUGUUUGUUGCUAGCAAAGAAGUCCGUGAAACUUCAGUACUGCUCAGCUAUGAAUAUUUUUGUUAAUUUUUCUUUUGUACUUGUUUUUUUAUUAUUUACUUUAAUGAACAAUUAGAAAUCUUAUACUCACUUGUAUUCGUACUAAGUCCAGUGUCACGGGGACUGUUCAAAAAUGGUGCGUAUUCUUCGCAUGGUAGGACAUGCGGUAUAAUUUUACUUCUAGGGAGCAAAAUCGAAUCUUCGAACUAUUACUUUCUUCCUACUAGUCGAUGACAAUUAUUCAUUCUUUCUUUUUUGUAUUAUAAUUUCGUUUCGACGCGUUGUUAGGGAACGUCCAUUGAAUCGUACUUUUAACGUAACUUCUAACGAGAUCCAGUCAUCUUUAGUUAAUACCGAGAGAUUCCCCAAAAAGAUCUUGCUCCUUUUAUUGUUAUAAACAUGGAAGAGCAUAAAAGGAACUUUCAUAAAGUGUUCCAUAAACUCUUGCAAUAUUGAUGAACUCGAACGUCUCGGUCUAGGAUAUAUUUCUAAUAAACCGUAUAUAUUUUUUUAAUCAAUCACCAACGAUGAUGAUAAACGCCGAACGAAGGUGUGGGUGGGUGAGGGGUGGUUUUUCAAAAAUAUCUGUGACGCGCCUUCCGUCUGUUAAUCAAAGACGAAAGGGUUCGAUAUAUUCUCGUGAAAUCUUCACGUUUGCAUUAAGCACUCCGAUCCAGAUUAUGCUAGUUGAUCGAACAUGCAAUUUUUUUCUGUUCGCGUACUAAUAUAUUGUUUUUUUCCCCUCAACAAAAAGGAAAACAAAAAAAAAGGAUCAACGAAACAAUAAUUGGCACAAUGUUCUCCACGCAAAUACAAGCCGACGAAUGAACGAUUAAUGUCGUCGAGUUUUCUGUGCCGUACGAUCGUUGAUGAUACUAAACAUAGCCUCGGGAACAUGAGUACCUUUUUAAUGAUUAAUGCUGAACGCUGUGAUAUCGCGUACAUAAACAUUUUUAUUAUUAUAAACAUAAAUGUGCAUAUUAUAAUGUUAAACAAAAAAAAAAUGAAGAAGAGUACUAUUCUCCUUUAUAUGUGAAGACUGAAUCUCGCCAACUUAUACACAGGUUUAGCAGCCGCAGAUACGUUCGUAUACUAUGUAGACUACAGAUAGACUAUUUGUACAUUAUUAAUUAUAACAAUAUGUUUUACGUUGGUAGUGCCGUAUGGGGACGGUACUAUUAUGUUAUAGUUCGAUAACGGGUGCGUGUUCGUAUUGUGCAUUUUCUUUUCAUAUCGAGAAUUAAUUAAUCUUCGGUGUUUCAUGAUGAGAAAUUCACCAAAUAUUUCGCGUUUACUUUUCGUAGGUGUUGGAAUAGUUGCACAAAUCUGGAUUCCUAUUAUUCUUUCUUCUGUAUUUUGUGAUUUUCGUCUCUCGAUUCGAAUCGAAGAAAGGAUUCGAUCAAGAAAAGGAAAAAACAAGAAGAAAAAUCGUUUAUUUGGUUUCUAACGAUUGCUUGCCACGUUUCGCUUCUUUUCGAUUUAUCAAUUAGAUCGUUCGUGAAAUAAAAAGGGACAUUACAACAACAACAAUACAAUCCGUUUCAUGAUAGUUCCUAUAUUGCAUUCUUCUUUGUAACGUGAAUGAAUUGCAGCUUAAAUUUUGCUAAGAUGAGUCAAACAAUUAUUUUCCCACAUUUUAUCUGCGUAUCGUUCUGUUUGGUUAGAGAAACAAAGCUAAACUUGCGAAUGUUUUAUUGGUGUAGUCACAUGUGUGCAUUGCCAAGUCUGUAAUUACUUCUGCGACUAUGUCACGGUCGUUGCCGUAACAUUACCAUUAUCUUUCAUCAAUUUCUCGAGAAAUGUACUACUUAAAAAUUGAUGAUCGUGUCACGAUUCCAUGUCAUGGGUUAAUCUUAUGCGCGAAAAAUAUUUUUCUUCCGCUAUGUAAGUUCCAAAAUAAUUCUAUUUCGAAAUGGAGAAGCGAAUACGAUAUUAAGAUUAAUUUUAGGAAAACCAAAUUUAUAUCAUUAGUCUCAUUAUUUAUCUGUAAUAUUAAUGUGUUUCUGUUUUGUUGAUGUUGUGAAAUAUGCGUGAAAAAUGAUUAAUUGUUUCUUAUUAAAAGUGAUACCGUUCACUAUAUAAACGGUAAUAUCGUUUGUUUGUUUUCUGUUUUUUUUUCUUUAACUUUAAUAGUAAUAAAUUUAGUUUCUUUUCUAAUGUCGAACGUAGACUUGUUAGUGUAUGCAUGAGUGUCGAACACUGCACACUGCACGACAACAAAAUUUACUGUGCAAGCUUUUACGAAACUGUGUGAUGUAAAUACAGUUUACGAUUCAGAUAUUUAUCAUUUUUAAAAAAUGCGUCUUUUAAUGGUGGUACAUAUUUAAGCCUGGGCUAUUUAAAACAACGGGAAAAAACACAGUACCUUCAAUCGAUCUUAAUGUGUGCUGAGAUCUUCGAAUCAACAAAUCUUAUACAUCUCGUCUAAACUACGAUGAUUCCAUUAGAGAAACGUGUACUGAGAUUUGUAUCGAUCAAUAAGUGAGUGCACAGAAUAACGUUAAAAAUUUCUGUGAUGGUGUACACUGUACGAAUUGAUUUCUUAAUUUAUGUAUCAUGUUCUAAUGUUUUGUGAAGAUUACAAAAUAUUUGUUAGAUCUGCGUACACCUGUUUCCAUAAUUAUUAUGCUAGUGUUUUGUAUAUGUGUAUUCAGCUUUUGUAAUUACUUGCUGAACAACCAAGUAAUUAUAAAAGAAAUUGUCUCUCUUUUUCAUGUACAUUUAACCCUUUUACUGAAAAUCAUUGAAAUUACUAACAUAUUAAAGAUUACCUGUUUCAUUGAAGAAAUAAUAGUUAUUUAUUGUGUUUUAAUAACUUGUGACAAUUUACUAACUAAAGAUUUAGAAUAUUCAACAAAUUAAUUUAUAUAUUAAUAAUACAGUAAUGUAUACAUACAUAUAUCUUACGUAACAAACAUUAAAAAUUCAUUAGUAUUUCAUAGUAAAAGACUUCAUAAAUUAAAUAUAUCAGGCAAAGGGUUAAAUUUUUCAAAUGAUUUCGAUUCCAAUGUAAAUGUAAUUCAUUGUUUUCUUUGUGUGAAAAUGUUCGCAUUUUUCAUGAUUGUUCUCAGAGUAGUGAAACAAAUACGAAUCCGUCGUACUUCGUCUUUCUGAAAGCGCGUAAUAUUUCGUAUUCAAUAUAUUGCCAAACUUAUUCUUGGAGUCGAAAAUUGUUCAAAUACGAGGAUUCGAAUAUAGGUAUAAUUUGUGUGAUAUCACCAAUGGUACUAAGCACUUAUUUCUUCCAGCGAAUCGUAAAAAACGAAAAAUGAUCCUCUCAUAGGGACGUGAAGCGCAUCGAGACGAUAUUAAGAAAAAAAAAAAACAUUAAAGAUGUUAUAGGAAUUAACGUGAUCGUUGCGAGGAAACGCAGUUACAGCACGGUAGACUUCCUGUUGUUGUAAUAGUUCAUUUGUUGAUGCGUUUGUUCUGAACGCCCAUUAGGAAAAGAAAAUGGUAUUAAGAAAAGGAAAGAAAGAGCGAGUAGUUUGAAAAAAUAAAAUAAAAAACGCUAAGAAAAAUAUAAUAUGCUAAAUUACGGAGAGAAAAACCGAGAAACUUGAUAAUCUAGUAACGCGUAAUUUUAGUCGUUUCUACGAGAUCAGAAAAAGUUAAGAGAAUUUCAGACCGUCAAUGAUGUCAGGAAUGGCGAACAUUUAAAGAAAAAAAAAGGAACAAA